CCCCCCCCCCCCCGAUUCGUCGGCGGGGCGAUGGCGAUGGACGCGGAGCGGCGGCAGGCGGAGCUGAUCGGGCAGUUCUCGGCGCAGGCGGCGGCGCUGUCGUCGGCGCCGCAGCUCGCCGCGCUGGUGCUCGAGGCCACCUCGCACCCGGCCCUCUUCGCCUUCUCCGAGCUCCUCACCCUCCCCGCCCUCUCCAAGCUCGCUGGCACGCAGUACGCGUCGUCACUGGACGUCCUCCGGCUCUUUGCCUACGGCACCUUGAAGGACUACAAGAGUAAUUCUGGAUCCCUUCCUGCGUUGUUGCCUGAUCAAAUCCGAAAGCUAAAGCAACUCAGUGUGCUAACUCUGGCAGAGUCAACUAAGAUACUACCUUAUGAUCAGCUCAUGCAAGAGUUGGACGUUUCCAAUGUAAGAGAACUUGAAGACUUCCUCAUCAAUGAGUGCAUGUACUCGGGUAUUGUUAGAGGCAAACUGGAUCAGUUGAGAAGGUGCUUUGAGGUACAAUUUGCAGCUGGAAGGGAUCUUACACCUGAUCAGCUGAACAACAUGAUAGACACCUUGUCUGACUGGUUGGGAACAUCAGAUAGCCUGUUGCAUCAAAUUCAGGAGAAAAUCAAGUGGGCUGACACAAUGAGUGAGGUGAACAAGAAGCACCAGAAAGAAUUUGAAGACAGAGUGGAAGAAGCCAAAAAAUCAAUCAAGAAGUUGAACAAUUUAAGCAGGCAGACAUUGACUUACGGGGGCAUGACGACUUUCUCUCUGAAUCUGGAGGAAUAAUGGAUUUUGAAGAGGACCGCAUCCGGCCAAAAAGGAGGCGACAACCACCAGCGUAGUUUCAAUGAAGUCCUUACCCCUCUUUCCCCGUAUGUGAACUGCUGAUGCCUUGAUUGAAACUUUUUGACGCCAGAGUUGAAGAAAAUUUGUGCCUCCAUUGAAGCGAGUCUUGGUUACUAUUGUAUUAUGCCCAAACUGCUCGUUUUUUUGGUAGGGAUGUACAAGGAGGUCAUCACUCUUAACGUUGCAUUUAUUUAGUAGUUAAUGGCGGAUGGCUGAAUUAGUGCUGUUAUGAUUAUGGCUGAGUAGUUUUCUGGUGGCUUCGGUUA